AAAUAUCAGUUAUAUUUUCAGAGUACAAAAUCCAAAAUAAGCCAUCUCCUUCUUUUGAACGCUCCUUCAACAAGUGGGUGGUCUCUCGAUCUUUUCGCCCCCUUUAAAUAAAAUCAAGAUUUCAAUUUCAACCCUAAUUCCAUUUAUCUCAUAUAAACUUGUCGUUUGAAUUUUGAGAGAUGGGCGGAGGAUUUAGAGUUUUACAUCUGGUGAAACCGUUCCUGUCGGUUCUCCCAGAAGUUCAAAAUGCGGACCGAAAGAUUCCAUUUAGAGAGAAAGUGAUAUAUACUGUGAUAUCUCUCUUUAUAUUUCUGGUAUGCAGUCAGCUACCCCUAUAUGGUAUACAUUCAACAACAGGUGCAGAUCCGUUUUAUUGGAUGCGUGUAAUUCUGGCAUCUAAUCGUGGUACUGUUAUGGAACUUGGUAUUACUCCAAUCGUAACCUCUGGUUUGGUUAUGCAAUUGUUGGCUGGUUCUAAAAUUAUUGAAGUCGAUAAUAAUGUCCGAGAGGAUCGUGCCCUUCUCAAUGGAGCACAAAAACUGCUGGGGAUUCUGAUUGCCGUUGGUGAAGCUGUUGCUUAUGUGCUCUCUGGGAUGUAUGGUAGCGUUAGCCAACUUGGAGCUGGGAAUGCUAUACUUAUCAUCAUUCAACUCUGUUUUGCUGGUAUUAUUGUUAUUUGCCUUGAUGAGCUUCUCCAAAAAGGAUAUGGUCUCGGCUCUGGCAUCUCCCUAUUUAUUGCUACCAAUAUCUGUGAAAAUAUCAUAUGGAAAGCUUUUAGCCCCACAACAAUUAACAGCGGUAGAGGAGCUGAAUUUGAAGGUGCUGUUAUUGCUCUGUUCCAUCUACUAAUCACUAGAUCAGACAAAGUUCGUGCUCUUCGCGAAGCUUUUUAUCGGCAGAACCUUCCAAAUGUCACCAAUUUACUUGCUACUGUCUUGAUCUUCCUUAUCGUGAUUUAUUUCCAAGGUUUCCGUGUGGUUUUGCCUGUGAGGUCCAAGAAUGCCCGUGGACAACAAGGCUCUUAUCCUAUCAAGCUUUUUUACACCUCUAAUAUGCCAAUUAUUCUGCAAUCUGCACUUGUUUCCAAUCUAUACUUCAUCUCUCAGUUGCUAUACAGGAAAUACAGUGGAAAUUUCCUUGUCAAUCUGUUGGGUAAAUGGAAGGAGUCUGAAUAUUCAGGUGGUCAGUUUAUUCCAGUUGGUGGUCUUGCUUACUAUGUCACUGCUCCAGCAAGUUUGGCGGAUAUGGCAGCCAAUCCUUUCCAUGCUCUCUUCUAUUUGGUUUUCAUGCUUUCUGCAUGUGCACUCUUUUCAAAAACUUGGAUUGAGGUUUCAGGGUCUUCUGCCAGAGAUGUUGCUAAGCAGCUUAAGGAACAACAAAUGGUGAUGCCAGGACAUCGUGAUUCAAAUUUACAGAAAGAAUUGAACCGUUACAUACCGACAGCAGCUGCCUUUGGAGGAAUAUGCAUUGGUGCACUGACAGUACUGGCAGAUUUCAUGGGAGCAAUCGGCUCAGGAACCGGAAUUUUGCUUGCUGUUACCAUCAUCUAUCAAUACUUCGAGACAUUUGAGAAGGAAAGAGCCAGUGAACUUGGCUUCUUUGGCUUUUAAGUCCAGUAGCCUGUUUUAGGAUAUGGUAGGUGGUCAUGGAUAUCACUAGCAGCUGCUCUUGCGAAAGGCUCGAGGCGCCACCACCUUGUUAACACACCCUAUGGCUUCUUACAUCUUUUACUUGAUUGUAGAAUUGUGUUAAAAAGCGUAGUGAGUCAGAUGAAUGACAAUUUUUGCUUAGUUACAAAUAUGUUAUUUCUUGAAUUUUCAGUACGUUUAUAUUUUAAGUAUGUACGUCUGACAAGAUAAUUGGCACUGGAAAUGUUAUCAAGUAGCUGUCAAGAAUUCAUUCAA